ACUGUUAGUAGGAAAACUCUCUGCAUCCUGAACAAAGAGUAUAAGGAGCAGAAAACAUGAAAAUCAUUCUAGUCUUUCUGUUCAUUGCCCCACUUGCUCUUUCAGCCAGAGCUGAGAAGGAUUAUUCCUCCUUAGAUUCUGCUGCUUCUCCUGAGACAAAGUCGAGAUUUGCCAUGUUAGAUGACGUACGAAUCUUGGCCAACGGACUCCUCCAGCUUGGGCAUGGUCUUAAAGACUUUGUCCACAAGACGAAGGGGCAGAUGAACGACAUCUUUCAAAAACUUUACAUUUUUGAUAGGUCCUUUUAUGAGCUCUCACUGCAAACCAGUGAAAUCAAAGAAGAAGAAGAACAGCUCAAACAAACUACAGCCAGACUGCAAAUCAACAACGAAGAGAUGAAGAAUCUCUCGCAGGAGAUGAAUCUGAAGAUUGAAGACCUCAUACAAAACAAAAUCCAGCUGCAAGAGCAAGUAUGGGGACUGGAAGACAAAGUCACAAAACUGGCCAUUAUCCAUCCUUCAGCGCAAGAGACAGAAGAAAUUUCUUCACUCAAAGCUUUCGUGGAGCAGCAGGACAACCACAUCAAGCAACUUCUCAAAAUCGUGGAGGACCAGCACGUGCAGCUUGACAGACAGCAUGAUCAAAUAAUGGAGCUGGAGGACAAGCUGAACCACAUAGAGCUGCAGGAACUCGCAGAGAACUCCUUCACGGGGGAACAAAUGGAAUCAGAGGCCGUUCCCUCCUCUGUGCGCAAUGCCACGGUUGUGACACACAAAUCUGAAGGUGCUGCUCCUGACUGCACUGCUCUUUAUAACAGUGGCACACGGCUCAGUGGCAUUUACACUAUUAAGCCAAACGGCUCGGAAGCUUUCGAUGUCUACUGUGAAAUGAAAUUCGGCAGUUCCUGGACUGUAAUCCAAAACAGGGUGGAUGGAUCACUAGAUUUCAACCAAACCUGGGACGCCUAUGCCAAUGGUUUUGGUGACCUCAAUGAGGAAUUCUGGCUGGGCCUGAAUAAGACCUAUUCCAUCACUAAACAAGGGGACUAUAUCUUACGGAUUGAACUGCAGGACUGGAAGGAUAAUAAACGUUUCAUCGAGUACGCAUUCAGCUUGGGAGGCCUGGAAACAAACUACACCCUCCAGCUUUCCCGGAUCUCUGGGAGCAUCCCAAAUGCGCUGCCGGAGCAGACGGAACUGCGCUUCUCCACUGCAGAACGGGACCUGGACACAAUAAACGACUUCAACUGUCCAGAAAACUACCUUGGAGGGUGGUGGCACAGUGAAUGUGAGGAAACAAAUCUUAAUGGAAAAUACGUCACACCGAGGUCAAAAGGAAGACUAGACAGAAGAAAAGGUUUAUACUGGAAGCCUAAGAAAGGAAGAUAUUACUUGCUCAAGUCAACCAAAAUAAUGAUACACCCAACAGAUCUGAAAAGUUUUGACUGGAUCGCUCAACCUGAUGGAUUUUAAUUCAGAACACGUAUACUGAACAUCACUACAUCAAAUAAGUUCAUGUGGUGUUUAAUAACAGAUGCAUGUUUAAAUCCAUACGCUGUAUGGUGUAUUCUCCCAACACAUAAACCCUGAGGCAUUUGCGAUGCUCUCAGAGUAUGUUUGGUGAGUAUUCUCAUUCACCAUAGCCCAAAGGCCAACGUGCUGUAACUUAUGUGGAGCUUUUACCUCCCCAGGACGAAACUCUAAU